GGAGCACGACACACAUACGCCACACUGAAAGGCCUCAGAGGCCCGGCUUGGUCCGGUGGAAAUAGUGUUCUUACCACUCGCUGAGUAGAUGUUGUUUGAGCCUCAUCGACCGCAUCCUCUCUUCCUGCGACGAAUAUGGAUCCCACCCUCUGUCGAGUAUCAUCCGUAUCCGCCGAGGGUGAUGUCGACGAGAAAUCGCUCCCUCCUAGAUCUUCUUCCAUCUGCAAGGUCUGCUGGGAGGGCCCAUUCGCAAUACAUGUCGGACUACCCUGCGGCCCACCCCAGGGUGAUCAGAUUUUCUACAGGGGAUGGCCAAAAUCCUACUCCUACUCGACCACUUUAGCUGCGAUGGAGGCCCGGGCCCUUGACGGUUGUACAUGGUGUCAAUUUCUGAAUGCAGCGAUCAGGACAGAGCCUACAUACGACCCUGCGUCAUGGGAUGUGCCGUUUAACCUCACGGUGGGGGCGUAUGUGGAAGAAGACACUGACGAGAAUCAGACUGCACUCAAGAACAGUCAAUGCAUAUUCGUCGUCACAGACAAAUCACCGAUUUUCAUAGGAAUCGUACAUACGGCUCCAGAUGAUCCGGCGGCUCCCCACAUCUUCAUGCGAAGCCCCAUCCUCGACGUUGGCUCCAAACGCGCACUGGCUCUCGCAAAAGAGCACAUCGACGAGUGCGUUCAUAAGCACAAACGCUGCAUCGCUCUCUCGGUUUCUCCUGAUCCUCUGCUCCCCACACGUCUCAUCGACUGCACCGAUCUCAACCACCCACGUUUGGUCUCGACAAGCGGCCGUCGCGGUAGAUACGUCACACUCAGCUAUGUUUGGGGCGGCGAUCAAGUCCAUAAGACGACCUUGUCCAACAUAUCCGCAUAUACGUGUGGUAUUGACCCUUCCCUCCUUCCCGCGACCAUCCGCAAUGCGAUCUACGUAACACGCACUUUGGGGUUCCAGUAUCUCUGGGUCGACAGUCUCUGCAUCAUCCAAGACUCGGGCGAGGACAAGCUUCACGAGAUCGGGCGCAUGCAUCACACAUACCGCUAUGCGCAUCUGACUAUCAUAGCCGCCAGCGCCCAGAAGGUCAGCGAGGGUUUUCUCCAAGAUCGGCAACCUCCGCCCCAGAUGGACCUCAACGACCCUUUGUCUGGCGGCGACAUUACUGUUCCAUUCAUUUGCCCUCCACCUCCCGUUGCUCCCGAGCGCGCUGGGAUGACAGUACUACCAAAAGUCGGCACGAUACACAUCACCCCACACCACUCGCAUACGGAACACGUCGAUUCUCCGCACGCCUGGCUGUACAGUGGCGACCUCGGACCCGUCACGACACGCGCAUGGUGCAUGCAAGAGUACCUAAUGUCCCCGCGCGUACUCAUCUUCACCUCCCGCACGCUUCAAUUCCGGUGUCAGACCACAACCCAGAGCAACGUCCGCAAUUCGCUUUGUGAGAUCCUGCAAGAACGGCGCAUGCCCGACGCCCUCUUACGCCCCGGUCCGCCCGCCGCGCUCGCAUGCCCCGGCUCCGCGGAGUGGGCUGAGAUGCACGGUGUGUGGCAACAAAUUGUGGAGGAGUAUAGCCGCCGCAUGGCCACCGUUCCGUCGGACAAGCUCGUCGCGUGCGCGGCGGUCGCGCAGCAGUUCCACAGCGUCCUCGGGUCCGACUAUCUCGCGGGUCUAUGGCGCCACAGCCUCCUGCUCGACCUGCUCUGGUCCAAGGACCCGUUUACGUGGAUGCACCGCCCCGAGGGCUACCGCGCGCCGUCGUGGUCGUGGGCGGCGGUGGACGGACAGUUCAUCUGCCACCGCGUGACACCCCCGUCGAAGGCCUCUCUGGUGGAGAUCGCGAAGGUGGAGAGGUGCGAGGUCGCGCUCGAGGACACCACGGUCCCGUUUGGGCGGGUGACGGGCGGGUCCCUCGUCCUGUGCGCACCGUUGAUACGCUGCUCGUUGCUCCCCAGCCAUUCCCCCGAGCAUCGCGAGAUCGCGUUGCAGUCUGUUCAACAAGCGCGGUACGAGCAGGGGGUCGGCGAUAGCUCGCAUCCCGCAGACGGACUCGCCAAGGUAGAUGGGCCGUUGCUUUCCGGGACGGCAGCAUUCGAUUGUGAAGCUGACGCGGGGACAGAGGAGACGUGGGCCGUCCCUAUUCUGCUGGAUAAAAGCUCAACGACUGGCCUCGUUGUCACACUUGCUCAUCCGAAGAACCCUUUAGGACCAGACUUGCGCAGUGGGAAGGUCAGCUACCGUAGGGUUGGGUGGUUUUCCGUGAGCUUCAUGGACUGGCUGGAAAACGAAGGGGAUGCGCAGAAAGCGGCGCGCGAGGUCAUCCGUGCUCUGAAGGCCAAUGAGUACCCUUCAGUGAGCAUCGAGCUAGUGUAG